AGCGCGUCCGUGAGCCCGGAGCAGCGGCGGCGUCGGUGGUGUCGGGAGCGAGCGGGCCGGGAGCGGCAAGGGUGGUGGAGGAGGAGCCCGGGGCUCGGUAAGCGGCGCCGGCCCACGCCUGUCCCCGAACCUGGCCAGCCCCCGUUACUUGGUGCGAACCUGGGAAACGAACCUGUUCUCAGAUUCUCUAACCAUGGCACAAGUAGAGAAAAGAGGGGGUUUGCUCCGGAAAUCUUCAGCCUCCAAAAAACCACUGAAGGAAAAAGUGGUGCUGAUGUAUGAUGAGAUCUUCAUGACAGAGGACCCCAGUAAGUGCAGUCCUCGAUUUUGGGAGGAGCUCUUCCUCAUGAAGGUGAAUUUAGAGUACCUAGAAGGCAAGCUGGAGUCUCUUGAUGGUGAGGAGUUAAUGAAGAUCAAGGACAAUAUCAAUUGCUUAUUUCAGCACUGCAUCCAGGCUCUGGGAGAGGAGCAUCCAAUUCGAGUUGUCAAUGCAUUGCAGACCUUGUGUGCACUCAUUCGAGGAGUCCAUCAAAAGAAUAAGUCUACCUCUGGGUUUGACAUUAUCAACAUGCUGAUGGGCUUUGACAAGGCGGAGCUGUGCAUGAAGAACUUGAUGGAGAGUUUGGAUUCAUUGCUUUGUGCAGAAGGAUCUGAAAGUCUGAAGAGUUUAUGUCUGAAACUUCUCCUUUGCUUAGUGACUGUGACAGAUAACAUCAGCCAGAACACUAUCCUGGAGUAUGUAAUGAUCAACAGCAUAUUUGAAGCAAUUUUACAGAUUCUCUCCCACCCUCCAAGUCGUAGGGAGCAUGGGUAUGAUGCUGUAGUCCUCUUGGCUUUGCUGGUGAACUACAGAAAAUAUGAGUCUGUGAAUCCUUAUAUUGUGAAGCUAUCUAUUGUGGAUGAUGAGGCUACGCUCAAUGGAAUGGGGCUUGUAAUUGCUCAGGCUUUAUCUGAGUACAACAGGCAGUAUAAAGACAAGGAAGAAGAACACCAGAGUGGUUUUUUCUCUGCUUUAACAAAUAUGGUGGGCAGCAUGUUCAUAGCAGAUGCCCAUGAGAAAAUUUCAGUACAAACCAAUGAGGCCAUCCUUCUGGCACUUUAUGAAGCUGUUCAUUUAAAUCGCAACUUCAUCACAGUGUUAGCCCAGAGUCAUCCAGAAAUGGGCUUGGUGACUACCCCUGUCAGUCCUGCUCCGACAACCCCAGCCACACCACUGGGGACCACUCCGCCCUCCUCUGAUGUUAUAAGUUCUGUGGAACUCCCACUGGAUGCAGAUGUACAGACCAGUAAUCUACUGAUAACCUUCUUGAAGUAUAGCUCGAUUGUCAUGCAGGAUACCAAAGAUGAGCACCGGCUUCACAGCGGCAAACUCUGUCUGAUUAUCCUUACAUGUAUUGCAGAGGAUCAGUAUGCCAAUGCGUUUUUGCAUGAUGACAACAUGAAUUUUCGAGUAAACUUACAUAGAAUGCCUAUGAGACAUAGGAAGAAGGCAGCAGACAAGAACCUUCCCUGCCGUCCUUUGGUAUGUGCAGUACUAGACCUGAUGGUAGAGUUUAUUGUAACACACAUGAUGAAGGAGUUUCCUAUGGAUCUCUAUGUGCGCUGCAUUCAGGUAGUUCAUAAACUACUUUGCUACCAGAAGAAGUGUAGAGUACGCCUGCAUUAUACCUGGCGGGAACUCUGGUCAGCCUUGAUAAAUUUGCUGAAGUUCCUUAUGUCAAAUGAGACCGUACUUUUGGCCAAACACAACAUUUUUACUUUAGCCCUUAUGAUUGUCAACCUAUUUAAUAUGUUUAUCACAUAUGGCGACACCUUCCUGCCCACCCCCAGCAGCUAUGAUGAACUUUACUAUGAGAUUAUCCGCAUGCACCAGAGCUUUGACAACCUCUACUCCAUGGUCCUGAGGCUUUCUACCAAUGCAGGCCAGUGGAAAGAAGCAGCUAGCAAGGUGACCCAUGCAUUGGUCAAUAUCAGAGCCAUCAUCAACCAUUUUAACCCCAAAAUUGAAUCCUACGCUGCUGUGAAUCACAUAUCCCAACUGUCAGAGGAGCAGGUGCUGGAGGUAGUGCGAGCCAACUAUGAUACCCUCACACUGAAGCUGCAGGAUGGCCUGGACCAGUAUGAGCGCUAUUCGGAGCAGCACAAGGAAGCUGCCUUCUUCAAAGAGCUGGUUCGAUCCAUUAGCACCAAUGUCCGGAGAAACCUGGCCUUCCACACACUCAGCCAGGAAGUCCUGCUCAAGGAGUUCUCCACUAUCUCCUGAGGCCACACGUACCUGACCAGCCACUGACUGCCCUUACUCAUGAGGCUCCUGGGCUGGAGGGACAGGGAGGGGAGAGGGGCCUGUCCCCCAGGUUGGAGAAAAACAGAUACCAAGUUCUCUCGGUGAUGGCUGCACUUCAGUGGAACUUGGACAGCAGGGGCCAGGAAGGGCAAGCCAGGGAUAAUCUUAUUUGGGGGGAUGGGGAUGGGUGGGCACAGGGAGAAGCCUUCAAGAAGGGGACUUCCAGGGUGGGCUCCCUGGACACCUCCUCACAUUUCCAAUUGAGGUUAUAAGUUGUGGCUGCUGACUAAUUUUCAGGAACUGUUGGGGCAAGCCUUAGGGUGAUGCCAACACCCUGAGGGUCAAUGGCUCUCCUAGGCUUCUGAAAACAGACUCGGAUGUAGCUGGAGCCAAUUCUGCUUCCUUUGGGCCUGGGACUGAGCUGGGCUUGAAGUGUCCCCUUGUCGUUAGGACCCUUAUCUCAGGCUUAGGGUAGGGUAGGAAUGGGAUACCUUUUUUCUAUUUUCUAAAUCCAGAGGUGACUUCUCUAGGAGACUGAAGAUUAGAAUCCACCCAAUGCUCUGCUGUGCAGCCACCACUUUCUGGAUUUGCUUCUUGGCACCAGGAGUACCUGUUAGCUUUCUCCUGCCUUCCAACCCAUUGACUCGUCAGUACUUAUAGAGUCACAACCUUAGCUUUUCAUUUUCAAUUUGGUUUAAAUGGCUUUUGAGAGAGAGAGAGAGAGUGUGUGUGUGUGUGUGUGUGUGUGUGUGUGUGUGUGAAAUAAACAUUGACAGGUUUUCUGGAGCCCUCAGGUGCCUAUUUUGCUGGUUCCCUUUCCAGCAGCUUCCCCACCUCCCCAGCCACCACCUCCUCUGGGAGCCUCUCCUGCCUGUGCUGAGCUCCCCUCCACGUGUUCCACCCCCUCACCCCGGCUGUUGUUUACAUCCAGCCUGCCUGAGAAUUUCCUCUGGGGUGGAAUCUGUUCCUGCUGUGGUCUGGUGCCUGGGAGGGAGAGAACCUGCUGGAGGCAGGGUGCCCUCCAUCUGAAAGAGGCCAGGUGAGCGUCAUGGAGAGGCCGUUCUGUCUACCUAUAUUCUGGACGGAGACACAGGCAAGUCUCCUGACCUUUGGGAAGCUGGCCUGUGGUUCCUCCUCUGGACAGCCUCCAUGGGACUACUGUAGGCUUUCCCAACCCCACAGCUGCCUCCUAAGUAGCUGCUGCUCUGAGAUCCUCCCUUUCUAAAGCACUUUCUAAAGCCCUCAGGAUGGCAGGGAGCAAGCAGCACAGGAAGAAUCUGGGAGUAAGUGCAGGAAUCCAGCAGUGAGAGCAGAUCUGGAACCUCCCUGGCUGCUAUCCACUUAGCUUCAAAUCUCUUUGGGAUACUUGCCCUCCUUGGGAACCAGAGUUCUGGCUCCAACAUUGAGCAGAUGUGCACUAGUUCCAGAGAAUCCACUAACAUGCUGCCAUGUAUAGAUGUAGAUUCUUAAGAAAUCAGGGGCUGGGUCAUCUCUGAUCACUAGAUGGAUAGCUCAGCCUGGGGCAUUUAGUGUUUUCCACAGUGAUAAACCUCACAGGAACUGGAGCUGGAAGCUGGUGGCAAGUUGAAGUUAUUAAAAGUUGAUUUGUAUGGGACAGUC